CCCCGCGGCGGAAGGGGAGGUGCCUGGAGAGGGGUAGGGCAGGGAGGGGGGUUCGCCUUCUGGCUGCCGCCGCCGCCCAGCGAGAUGUCUUUGCCGCCCAGCGAGAAAGCGGAGACCCGGGCCGGACACCUCCCCGCCGUCAAAGCUGGUGGAAUGAGAAUUGUGCAGAAACACCCACAUGCUGUGGAAACCAAAGAGGAGAAAGAGAAGGAUGAUCAGGAAUGGGAAACCAACAGCAGUCCACCUAAACAAACUGUGUUCAUUUCUGGAGUCAUUGCAAGGGGUGAUAAAGACUUCCCUCCUGCAGCAGCUCAGGUGGCCCAUCAGAAACCUCAUCCCUCUGUGGAAAAGCUGCCUCCUCCGCAGCACAUCAACCAGCACAUCCACCAGCCUCGCAAAUGAAUGAAUGGCCUCUCCCCAGCCAACCAGCCUGCCUGUCUUAGAGAAGGAACGAUUCAGACGUUUGUGCUACCAGAUCUUUGAAAAGUGAUCUAUGUUUUUUGCCUUAAUUGCAUAUGGUUUAAAUGAAGGGCUGGGGGAUUCUGUCGCCCCAGCCAAAUAAUGUUGCUCCUGUGUACUGCCAAUCAAAAUGGUUAUAGAAAGGUAACAGGGAGGGAAUAAUAGCACAGAUCAAGCCAUUCUUUUAAUGAAUACAUGUUUUAGACCUUUUCAUUCCUAGAUUUUGUCUGCAUAAGAAAUGUGUAAGAUUUGUGUGGGAGGAGGGAAGCUGUCUGUGCCUUCCCUCUUUCUAACUACAGGUUUUCAACAUGGGUCAGCUAGACUUUUAUGAAAUCAUUUUGAUUUUUUUUAAAUUCUUCCUACUCUGUUCUUAAAUAUGUCUGAGGAAGACCCUGCUUCUUAAUUUUCUUUUUUUAGUAAAGAAAAUAUGAAAGGACCACAAACAUUUCUCAGAUGUUUAAGAGAAGAUCUCGUGGAAGGUGUGAGCCCUUUGGAGAUUUUCGUCAUAGCUUUUGUAACCUAGCCAAAGAUUUUGCCAGUCAGUCAUCCAAGGUCUCCCUGCAUCCUGUUCAAAACAACUGAGCAGCAACCCCCAGCAAGCAGAUUACAGUGGCAAGGUUGGAGGGUCUGCACUUCACUAAAUUAGGAAAUCUUUCUAGAUAUCCCACAGAACCACCAGAAUUCUGUCAUCCCCUCAAAAACAUUUCUGUAGACGUGCAGGAAAAGGAGCAUUACAGCUCAGGCUGCCAGGAUGAGGAUUACGUCAGCAGGUGUGGAUCUAGAAUGUCCAGCUUGGCUGAAAUGCUUCUCCCUCAUAAGAGUCUGAGUCCAGUCAGGCACCUUUAAGAUCAACACACUUUGAUUCUGGGUAUAAGUUCCCAUGGGCACACACAUUUCUUUAUGCAGAAGUUUGUAUCCAGAAUAAAACUUUGUUGGUCUUAAAAGGUACCACUGAAGUCAAAUUUUGUUCUUCUGCUGCUUCAGCCUAACACGCCGACCCACUUGAAUCAUUCUUCCUUUCCAUGUGCAGGGAAUUCUUGCAUGGGAGAACAUUCAAACAUUGCCAUACCUGCAAUUUGAAAUACUCUAUCCAUGAGAAGAGUGUACCAUGUGCUUAUUACUGCAGGUUUUAUUUGUCUGCACAUUGACAAAUGUAGUAAUUUUGUUCUUGUCGUUUUAAUCACAGCAAGCAAAUGAAAAUGACUGCUGAAGGCCAUAAACCAGUCCUAGGUCAUUGAGUUGUGGGAGUUCUAAAUGGAGAUAUGUGCAUUCAGUAUGUGCUUCAGAGAUAUUUGCUACUUUCAUGGGAAGCAGAUGAGCAUUUGAGAUGGAGUUCUAGAUGCAGAUCUCUAUCAGCAGCACAUUCCUUGCUGGAUUAAGACAAUGGUGUAAAAGUUGCUAUUUUAACUUUAAAAAUAGGCCUUGUCUUCCAUACAAAUAUAUAGUAGAAUCUAAGAAUCACAUCGUUUUGAUAAUCGAUUGAUAAUCUUUUGAAAAUUAAAGUGCGCUAAAUCACUUUCCAGCCAGUAAACUACAAAACUUUUCCCAACAUCAAAAAAGUUGUCUUUAGUUGAAUUGCUGUUCUUGGAGCUGAUCAUCUGGCAAAUUGUGGGAAAUUUAUGUGCCUCCCCCAUGGGGGAGGUCCUGCUAAGACCCUCUUGUGUUAUUUGAUAUGAUCUCCCCUUCCUACCUCUGAAAUAUUGCUUGGUCAAUAUGUAAUUAUUUCAUGACUGACUAUUUUGAAAUAAACAAAACAGCAACCA